AUAAUUGUCAAAAUGCCAGAUAUUAAAUUAAAUAAUAUAAUUGUAAAUUUUCCAUUUGAGCCUUAUGAAGUCCAGAAGGUUUAUAUGUCAAAAGUGAUAGAAUGUUUACAAAAUAAAAAACAUGGAGUCCUUGAAUCGCCGACAGCGCGCAAAGCGCAUCUCCAAGCUCAAUCCUUAGUCGGAGCGAUAGACUCUCCAGACUUCGGGGGAGAUUUUUUCAAGCGUCUAAAAAAAGACCUCCAGAUGGCAAGCAGCGGCGGAGGAGCCGCAGAAGCAAACCCUGAAGCUCCAAGUCAGAGCCCAGCAUCAUUCGGAUGGUCCCAGCCGAAGAUAAUCUACGCCUCACGCACCCACUCUCAACUAACCCAAGUAAUGGGCGAAUUAAAGCGAACCAACUUCAAGCACCUAAAGGUAGCAGUUAUCGGCUCAAGAGACCAGCUUUGCAUCCACCCGGAGAUCUCCAAGGAGUCUAACUCAGCUGACAAGAUCCAUUUAUGCCAAUCAAAAGUGCGCACCAGGUCCUGCAUGUACUACAACAACGUCGAGACUAAAAAAGAAGAGGCAGUUUUUAAAGACACCAUUUGCGACAUCGAAGAUCUUGUAAAAAACGGGACCAAGCACAAGUGCUGCCCCUAUUUUAUGGCCAAGGAAUUGAAACAAUCCGCUGAUAUUACCUUCAUGCCUUAUAAUUACCUCCUAGAUCCCAAAACCCGGCGGUCGCAGGGCAUCGACCUCCAGAACCACGUGAUCCUCCUGGACGAAGCUCACAAUGUUGAAAAAACCUGCGAGGAGUCUGCCUCGCUCCAGAUCUCUAGUACUGAUAUCGCGCUUUGCAUUGAUGAGGUCACUAGUGUGAUGAAGCGGCUCCUGGAAGAAGACCUGGAGGUUGGAGGAGGGUUUGAGGUAGAAAAAGAGGCCAAAGAUUUCACUCCAGAUGACCUUUGUACUUUAAAAAGUAUUUUUUUGGGGCUAGAGGCUGCUGUAGAUCAGCUGGAGAUUAAGGAUGAGAAAGGAGACACUUAUCCCGGGUCGUUUAUCUUUGAACUGCUAGAAAGUGCGCAGUUGGUCGGGAAUCAUCUUCAGGUCGCUGAGAAACUUGAUAAGGUGGUCCUCUGGUUGGCCACUACUUCGACCAGUCCUUUUGCCAGGACGGGCAGGGCGCUGCAGAAGUUUGCUGAUUUUGUGAGGACUGUGUUCACUAGUUCGCUGCCGCCUGACUCUUGGACCUCAACCAAAGUGAAUUCCUCGGGGAAGUUGAUCAGCUACUGGUGUUUCAGCCCCGGCUUCGGAAUGCGCCAGCUUCUGGAGCUAGGUGCGCAUUCAAUAAUUCUAACCAGCGGAACACUAUCCCCCUUAAAGCCGUUCAUCACCGAGCUGGGAAUCCCAAUAGAAAUCGUCCUAGAGAACCCCCACAUCAUCCCCUCAAAGCAGAUUUCCAUCGGAGUCUUGAGUAAUGGCCCCGACGGGCAGGUCCUUAAUUCCUCCUUCAACACCCGAAAUGACCCCAAGUACAUCUCCAGUUUAGGAAGAACUAUUUUAAACUUCAGCAACCUGAUCCCCGACGGCCUCCUAGUUUUCUUCCCUUCGUACCCUAUUAUGAAGAAAUGCGUCGAGGAUUGGCAGCAAGCCGGCCUCUGGAGCAGUUUAGUCUCCAAAAAACCAGUUUUUAUCGAGCCGCAGGGCAAGGACACCUUUAAUGCAGUUAUUUCUGAGUUUUAUGGGAAAAUCAAAGCUCCCGAGUCACGUGGCGCCAUCUUCCUUGCGGUCUGCAGAGGCAAGGUCAGCGAGGGUCUGGAUUUCUCGGAUGACUACGGAAGAGCUGUGUUGGUAACUGGACUCCCUUACCCGCCGAUGAUGGACCCCAGGGUGUUGUUAAAGCAGCGUUACCUUGAUGAGAUAAGGAAGAAAAACAAAGAGGGACUUACCGGCGGACAGUGGUACCAAUUAGAAGCCUCCCGCGCGGUAAAUCAGGCUGUCGGAAGGAUUAUUAGACACAUUGGGGACUAUGGUGCUAUUAUUUUGUGUGAUACUAGGUUUAAUAGCCCUCAGUUUAAAGAACACUUAUCUAAAUGGCUUAAACCGCAUUUAAAAAAUUAUCAGAAUUUUGGGAUUGUUACUAGAGAGCUUAGAGAUUUUUUUAAGAAUGUGGGAGAGUGUAAGAGAAAUUUUAGAGAGUUACCGACUGUCGGUAAGAAAGUGGCGAAAUUGACGGCUAAUUUGGGGGGAGAGAAAGUGAAAGAAGAGAAAGUGGAUUUUGGGGCUUAUAAAAUGGAAGCUAAGAAAGUUGAGGGGUCGGUGAAUUUUGUGACGAGUAAAGUUCAGGGCCAGUGGAGCGCUAGGACUUGGGAAAGCACUAAGGAGGAGGGGGAGGGUGUUGUUAAGAAGAGGAAGAUUAAGAUCCAGAAGCUUGAGGUUAAUUAUAAGGAUGAUAAGACAGUUUGUGAAGAGGAGACAGCCGGUAAAGAAGAUGAUAAAAAAUUAGUGGGGCAGAAAUAUCUUAAGAGUGUUAAAAAGGGGCUGAGUAAGGAGAAUUUUAAAGUUUUUGCGAAGAUGAUUGAGAGUUAUCGAGCAGAAGGGGAUUUUAAUGAAUUGAUCAAGACCUUGGAGAUGUUAUUUAUGGAAGGGAUGAAGGAGUUAAUUGUGGGGUUCAGGACUUUUUUGAAAAAGCAGCAUGUGGAGGAGUUUGAAGAAUUUUGUAGGAGAAAGGGUAUGUGA